CAAAUUAUAUUACGGGAUAUUUGGGUCGGCUGUUGUUGAGGCACAGACCCUAGUUGCAAGAUGCAUACAAACCACAACAUACUUUGUUGUUAAGUGAGCGUAAUGCACCAUUUAAUGCAUCCAAUUUCUUGUUGCACAUUCUAUCGAGCCCGACACGUGUUUUCGUCUUCGUUGUGGUUGAUUGGACGACCGCAAUUUGGUUCCUUGACAGAUAAAGCCAACCAAAACGAAGCUAUCAAUGCAUAGCGCUGUGCCAUGUCGGCAAUGGGGCCGGCGCUGCGCCCACACUCGCGCGGGCACCGCCGCGCCGUCGGCCACGGUCCUCCACCAAUCGCCGCAGCCCCCCGCUCCUCGCCAUCGCUUGGCGCGCUCCUCAGGCAGCACGCAGCGCCUACCCCCGGCCUCGGCCUCGAACUCCUCAGGCCCUACCAGCGGCUCCAGCUACCAGCCCAGCUCCCGGCGCAUGGCGGUGCUGCAGCAGGACGAGCACAGCUUCUUCUGGGGCCAGCCCAACAGCGGGCCAACGGCGGGGGGCGGGGGCAGUAGCAGCCACGGCAGCAGCAGUAGCGCCAUGGACUCAGGGAUCCAGCAGGGCCACGUGAGGGAGGCUUACGUGUCGCCCUCCAUGUUCCACGCCAUUGCGGCCGCGGACUCGCUGGGGGAGCUGCAGCAGCUUCUGGAGCUGGCGCUGGAGGGCCACGGCGAGGUGGAUGCAGCUGACGACUUUGACAGCGGCGGCUGGGCGGCGGAGGUGGAGGCGGGGGCGGGGGCGGGCGUUGUGGAGGGCCACGAAGGAGAAGCAGCAGCAGCUGCAGAGGUCACACUGGUGCUGCCGUCAGAAGUUGUGGAGGUUGCGCUGGCCAAGGUGGCGGACUGGGUUCUGGACGAGGGCCGGCGCGGCUUCCUGCAGCCGUCGGAGCUGUGUGGGGUGGUGGCGCUGCUGGCGGGGCAGUUGGGCGCCAGCCGCAUGGAGCCCACGGCGCCGGGGGCCUACAGCGUCGAAGACGUGGGCUCCAUUCUGUGGAGCCUGGCUUCCCUGCUCGGGGCCGCUGAGGGCCUCGAUGGCGACGCCUCGGGCAUCAGCAGCAGCGGUGGCAGCAGUGGCGGUGGCGACACGAGCCAGGGGCUGGCGGCGGUGGCCACUGGCACGCUGGCUGUGGUGCGGGGCUGGCUGGCGCGGGAGGAUGUGCGGCAGGAGCUUGCAGGAUGCGGCUACCUGUCCCAGCUGGUGUCGCUCCUGUGGGGCUAUGCGGCAUUGGCCGCGGCGGUGUCCUCCAGUAGCCCCAGCAGCAGCUCCGCACCCGGACAGACCGUGUCAGCGCCGCAGGCGCAGGUGGAGGUGGGGGAGGCGAUGGGGAAGGCAGUGGAGGUGGAGGCGGCGGUGGGGGCCUCACUGGACGCACUGGCACGUCGGGCUGUGGAGCUGCUGUCGCUGUCAUACGGCGCGGGCGAGGCGCCGGUGCCGGCCGCCGACCUGACCGACCUGUCCUGGGGGCUGGCGGCGGCGGGGCGGCGCUCGCCCGACACCGGGCGCCUGGCGGAGGCGGUGGCGCACGAGGUGUACCGCCAGAUCUCCAACCGCUACAGUCUGCAGAUGCCAUUCUCGCCGUCUGACCUAAUCAAGAUUGUACAGUCGUACGCCCGCCUUAAGAUCAAUGAUGGCUCGGUGCCGCGCAUGCUAGACGCCGUGGGGGGCCACGUGGCCAAACGCAUCCGAGCGCGCCACGUGUCCGCCAUGACCCGCCCCUCAGACAUUGCGGCACUGCUGCAGGGCUUUGCAGAUGCGGGUCACCGCACUGUGGUCAUCCCCGAGCUGCUGGCGGCGUGCGGCGUGCAGGUUUGUCGUGAGGUCGCCAUGCACAACGAGUCCCUGUCUCCCACACCCGCGCCGCCGCGGAACGCCAGCACCAGCAGCAGUGGUGGCAGCGGCGGCGCCUCCAGGGAGGGGGCAGCAGCCCGCUUCCGGCGCCCGCACGCGCCCGUGUGGGAGCUCCAACCGCCGCCGCCGCCGCCCCAGGUGGCCGGGCACCACUGGUCCAUCUUCCUGUCGCCGGCCCAGGUGGCCUCCAUCCUGGACUCCUUCCUGCGCCUGGGCCCCACCCCCGCCACGCCCUACCACCCCAGCCCCCUGCUGCUCGACUCGCUGCUGCUGGCGGUGCGGCCCCAGCUGCCGUACAUGACGGCGGCCGAGGCGGCGGAGCUGACGGGGCGGCUGGCGAUGCUGAGGCACGUGCCGGGGCCGCAGACGUUGGAGGACCUGGCGGCAGCUGCGCUGCGUGCGGAGGGCCCAACAGCACCGCCCGGCACUGGCGCCAGCAGCAGCACCAGCACUGCCGCCGGCACCACCUCCACCACGGCUGUCCACAGGCUGAGGGCGCUGUGGGCCCUGAUGAUGAUGGGCUGGCAGCCCCCGCCAGGCGCCGCAGAGGAGGUGAUCGAUGCGUUGCUGGUACUUGACGAUCACGAUGAAGACACCGAAGAGGAUGACGAGGGGGGCGAGGACGCGAAUGGCGCUGGCACGCGCAGGCCCCGCCUGCUGCUGUCGGUUGCAGACGCGGGUCGCCUCAUGUCCGCCCUCUGCCUGCUUCCGCUUGCCUCUCCUUCGCCCGCCUUCACCUCCGCCUCCUCCGCCUCCACCUCCACCGCGGGCUUCACCUCGGGCUCCACGCAGAGGCCGGGGGGCCUGACCAUCCAGCGCUUCGGCCGCAGCUGCCUGCGGCUCCGUCAGGCGGCAGCCGCGGCGUCGGCGUCGCCACGUGGGAGCAGCCGCAGUCGCAGCGGGUCAUUACGCAACAGCCGUGAGGGGGCGGGUGGCGGCGCAGGUGGCGGCGGCGGCGGCGGUGAUGACAUGGAGCAUGCGGUGUUGGCGUGUGGCGCGGCCAUGACGUUGCUUGGGCACGAGGGCUGGGAGAUGGCCGACCAGGUGCUGCCGCCGGCGCUGUUCCGGCGGGCGGGCGGUGCGGUGCGGCGGCUGCUGGCCGCGCCGUACCGGGGUGUGGAGGACAGUUCGGUCGCGGACGUGGCGGCGGCGCUUGGGGAGCUCGUGGCUGACAGCCGAGGCGCUGAGGCCGCGGCGGUGGCUGCGCCGGGGUCGGCCGCGGCAGGCCAGGCGGCAGUGUGGUCGGCGUUCCGUGUGCCGCUGGACCCCCCGCCACUGCCGCCGACACUGGCGCGCCCUGCGGCUGCUACUGCUGCGACGGCCGCAGUCGGAUGGUCGCAUGUGGGCCAGGAUUGUGAGGCGGCGGAGGGGGAGGAGGAGGAGCAGGAGGAGGAGGAGCAGGAGCUGGCGAGUAGCUACGAGCCGCUGGAGUGCGCGGCGCUGUGUGCGGCCGUGCCCGUGGCGCACGUGGGCCAGGCGUUGUGUCCCCCUUCAUCGGAUACGCCGCCGCCGGCAGGGCCUCAUGCGGAGCAGGACUGCCCGGUCGAGGACCAGCACCGGGGCUGCGGCCAACAACAGCAAUUUGUGACGCUGGUAGUGGACGUGUGCCUGCCGCAUGACUACGCCGGCAAUGCGCCGGGGCUGCUGCCGUGGGGCUGGACAAGCAUGCGGCAGAAGCUCCUGACGCACUGCUGCGCCGCCGCGGGACUGGCGGCGGCGACGGUGGUGGCGGAGGCUGCCGGGGCGAAGGGCGGGUUGGACACAGCCCGAGGGGGAGCUGGAUGGAAGGUGGGAUUGAUUUCGGGGCAGGAGGCAGCAGGGGUGCGGGUGCUUCAGCUGGAGGAGCGGGCGUUGUACCAGAUGCAGGGCAGCGCGGAGCGGGUGCGGGCGUAUGUGCGCAAGGCGGUGCGCCGUGUCAGUGCGUAACUUUACAUUGUGAAGAUGAAAGUAAGGAUCGCGUAUUUGAUUAGGGAUAUGAUGUGACCAUUGAUCACUAACGCAGGAGGAGUGCGUGAAGCGCUUAGCGAACUGGCAUGAGCACGCGUGAGCAGGCGGGUAUGUAAGUGAGCCAGCGCCGGCUGGCGUGGGCCGGGCGGGCGUGGGCUGGUGCACUGGUUUGACACGCGUCGCUCUAUAAUGAUG